GCAAACGAUGCAGACGCGUCUACACGGUAGCUGCGGUGAACAAUCAAACAACUAAGUGUCUCACAUAAAUACUUUGGUGUAGAAAUGGACUGGUUGCAAGUUUACAUACAAUUUUUAACUUGAUUGGAAAACUGAUUUUUUGUGCUUACUUUUAAAAUUCAAGUAUUUCUUACGGUGGCAACUGCUAUUAAUUAAUUACCAAAAAACCAGUAAAAGUGACUUCCUCGUGCGCCUUUUAAUAAAGUGUUUGCAAUUUAUAAAAAAAUUUAUUUUUUUCAAUUAACAUUCGAAAUUGCUUUCGAUUCUUCGUUACACCCAAAAACCAGUGGUGUAUGUCCAAGUGGCUGCAAGCGGAUUAGAAAUCUGCAACUAAGCCAGUAUUUCACCAAUACCUCCAGCCACCCACCGCACCAAUUUGCGCGCACGCUUGAAAGCCAUUGACGUCUUACCUUGCAUUUAUUUACAAUAAUUUUCGCCAAAUGCAGUUAGUGCAAAAACGUGAAAAGCAUUCAACGAUUGAAGCGCGGUGAAAAUUAUUUUCGUUUUAUUGGCAACGGGGCGAAGCGUACGAACGUUUAGUGCGCUCAGUGAGCGUUUAAAAGUCUUCGCAUUUCAUUUAACAAAAGCCUUUCGCGAACUAAUGUUUAGUAAAAGUGCUAGAUUGCGUUUGAUUGCUUAAUUAAUAAUAGCAGCAGCAAAAAAAGUAGCAGAAAUUAAACAAACAAAUAAACCGCAAGCCGCUUGCAAAUGGAACAAAAAGUUGGUGAAGAAGAAGAACUCCACUACUAAGUAAUUAAUGCGCGAAAAAGAAGGUAAAAGCGGUGAAUAGUAACUGUAGAAAAAUUUUAACAAAAGAGAUAAAAAUAGAAGAAAAAAAUAAACACAACUUGCUAAUGUAGGUGAAACUGAAAAGAAAAUUGCGAAAAAAUUGAAUUUAUUAGCAAAGGAAAAACGCAAAUUCAACACGUGCGUGUAUAUGUUUGACGCAGGCGAGUGAAAUUUUUAAAGAAUCAAGUAAAAGUAAUUAGUUGCAAUAACUGAAAAUUAGUGCAGCACUUGUGGUAGAAUAUUCUGAAUAUUAAAUUUAAUUACACAUCCCGUGAUUUUGUGACAACAACCAACUUCAACAACAUUCAUUCAUUGAGAUUUUCAAAGUUGUGGAAAAUCAGAUUUCGUAAAAUUGGUUUUGAACACUUGGCACGUACUUGAAUUUAUGACCUAACAAUGACUCGAAGGCUACAAAUAUUUAUCACUCCAAUCAGCGUGCUUGUCAUUUGCCUCUGGGUAUGCUUGCUUGCGCCCGCACAUGCCGCUGAAAAAUGGUCACGCCAACUAGAACCUACCUCGCCGGGCGUAUCGGAUUCUUUCGAUUGGGUGCCAGUGGCACAACCUGUGGAUAGUUCUACUGCCAAAGAUCGUUCGGCAAAUGCGCGCGUGCUCACCUACUCCCAGGCUUUCCCACCAAAUGGACGUUUCGGUGACCUGCACAAACCACAUAAUCCACCCGUUUCUCAGCAGCAACCGUUCGAUUUUCCUUACCAGUUUCAACGAUUCGUUAAUCCACCACCACGUCCACAAGUUGGUUCACCUUUCGGCGCGCCACCACUUAAACCUGCUGCUCCUGCAGUGUCACUGCAAUCUGGUGAACCGACUUCGCAAUCGUUCCUCAAGUUUGAGAUGCCCUUCCGCACGGACGGUGGCAAUCGUGGUGCUUCGGGUCCACCAAGUUCAUUGCAGACAGGCUACCAAAUUCAGCACACCUUCGGUGGUGGUGCACAAGCAACACUCUUUAGUUCGCCAGUAUAUAAUGAUCAACCUGUUUUCCCGCCAGAAUUCCACCCGAUACCACAAAAACCACUGCAGCAGUCUUUGCAAAAGCCACUGCCGCAACAGAACUUUAUCGAGGAUAGCUUCCCGACGAAGAAUAUUUACCGUGAAUCAAAGCCCAAUCCAACGCAACAAUCUUUGCAAAGCGUCACGCCCCAAGUUUUCCCGGUAGAGCCGCCAGCAGAUCAGUUUUUCGAUUUGAAUAGGCCAGCAUCAUUCAAUUCGCAACUACCAUUCCAACAAGCUGAUAGUGUACCAACAGCACCCUUCCAGCAGUCGGCUACUGCACCGACAGCACCUGCUUCAGCCCCUACAAGCAAUGGUGGCAACCAACAAGAUGUGCAGCUGCUUUAUGUACCCUACGAUACGCUCUAUAAUCAGCAGAAGCCCGAGUCACAAGCUUUUGAAGUGAACAAGUAUAACAUCAACGCCGGUCUACCAACUGUCAAUCCAUUCCAAAUCAAUCAGUUUUACACGCAAGACUCCCUCGGUCCACUUGAUCAGCAGAACUAUUUUACAACUAGUACCACUACCACCAGCACAAGCCGUCCCAAGACGACAACUCUCAAGCCAACCACCAUUUUCCAGAAUUACGCCAACCCGCAACUAACCACGCCACGGCCAAAGCCAAAGGCACAUCAGCCGCCGCUCGCUAUGUUUUUAGUACGCAACUCAGCGCGUCCCACACAAUCGGAUGUGGUGUCUGCUUUACGUCAUUCCAACACCAUCGCCGUUGUUGAUGCGCCUACUAAGAAGAUACCUGAGAUAUUCGUGGGACCUGCUGGUAUGUCUACGCCAGAUGGUUAUGUUAAGUUUGAUUUGCCUUAUUUGUCGCAAUUGACACAAACGCGUGAGCUACGUGACAUACCCUUCUUCGUAGCGCCACUCAGUUACCGCACACCAAGUGGUUUCAAUAAGAUUCUCUUGCCCGAACCACAUGUUGGCUCAAUUGUGAUUAAUCUUGCAAAGAGCAACAGUAUUACACAAGAAGUUAUUAGCCAGCCGGCUAAGCCAAGUGUUGUCUACAGCCAAAAUGAUAUCAAUCAGUAUCAAGCGCCACCACAGCCCACACAGCGUGUGCGUCCACACCGUGUGAAGCAACCAUCUACAACAAAGGACUACUAUCCAGCAGGUACGCUAAACGAGCAUGUGCACAAAAAUCGCGAUCAAUUCGAAGUCACAACACAGCGCGCUACACUGGCGCCUACGCGCGGCAACAAGUUCAACUACUUUUACAAUCAAGAUGCCAUACAGGAAGUCAGCUCACCGAAGGUCACCAAACAUGAUCGUCCUAAGAAGAAGCGUCCACAGCACGUGCAACAACAACAACCAAUUGAGCAACCCACUUUUACACAGACCAUCACUAAUCCAUAUGCCCAAUUCCAACCAGCACCCAACCAGAUAUUUAGCGAUGAUAUUUACAAAGUUCAGCCUAAUCGUCCUGCACCCAGCACUUCUACUUCGACCAGUACCACGACCACCACAACUAGCACUACUUCAACAACAGCUGCACCAGCUCAUGCAUUCUUCACAUUCAAUCCCAAUGGGCAAGUUGAGUUCCCGAGCGCACACGGACCCCUCUAUUCUUUUGGCACUAUUCCAAAAGAACCUGUUGAGGAGCAAGUACCACGCUUCACAACCCGUCCUCCUACCACACCAGAGGAGGAAUACCGUAUGAAGCAAUAUUUCCGCCAGCAAGAUGCUUUCCGUAAUCGUCCACAAAUUGUAAAUCCCACUAACCCUCCCUUCGAACAAGUGCAAUAUACGCCUGUGGAUUUGGAUUAUGAACGUAAUCAAAACGUACCAACAACGCACAAGACCACAUCGACUACCAAACAACGUGUCACUUUCUAUUCACCAUCUCAACCAGCGGCAUCAGCACCGGAAGAUACAUACAAUGUAGUACAACAGCCCGAUUUCACGGAGUUGCAGCGGGAUAAGGAGAUACAAGCCGAAUUGAAGCCGCAUCGUAAGCAACCUUCAAAUCAUCGUCCUUUGUACAACCAGAAUGAGAUUCCCGAUAGCACCGUUGAGUAUGAACCUAAUCCGUACCAUGUACCUUCAGAACUGCCACCACUCACACCGAAUCUGCCGGGACUUGUAAAUAAUUUAGAAGAGAACGACAAACAAAAUGCCGUGGCGGAACUUGCCACUACUACACCAGCACAGCCUGAGAAAGAGUUGCCUACACGUCCAACAAGACGUCCAAUCAAUCGUGUACGCAAGCCCGUUGUUUCUAAGGUUACAUCUUCAGUGUCCUAUUCCGAGACGGAAACCUCUACACGUCGUCCCAUACAACGCGUGCGCCGUCCAUUUGGCGCGCGCGCAACAGCCAGCACAACUGCCACACCAGAUGGUGAAGAAGAAGCCACAUCAACAACUCGCCGUCCAUCGUCUGCAGCACGCAACCCUCUUAUACGUAAUCCUAAUCGCAUACGUUAUCAACCCACGCCAGAAGAACGCCAAACGUUACGUACGAAGCAGCGUAAGAAGUACGGUGACUCGGGUAAAGAUGAAGAUUUGGACUACCAACGCGAUGUAUUGAAACAAAACUACCCAAUUAUAAAACCACUGUCAUCGCGCACGCCAUCUAGUCCUACGGCGAUACCCAGCUCUUAUACAACAAGCACCGGCGCUGAGGCACCAACUUCAGAGACGCAACAAGUUUACACAGUCACGCCCAGCAACACUGUAGAAACGAAUGAACAGACCUUCCCAGCCGGCAUGUUAGAGCCAAUGCAAAUUGCACAGCAGUACAGUCAGUAUACAAAGGAUAAUUUCGGACCAGGAUACUUCCCGAACCAGGAAGAUUUAGGUCCCACCGAGCCGAUCAUACGCAAUGAGAUUAAUCCAGUCUUUACUACACUGCCAAGCACUACUACGAGCACCACCAGCACAACAACAACAACAACUGAAGAGCCCCAAGUAACUACAAGACGUUCGCCAUUUAUACGCAGAAAUUAUCCACGUUUACGUACCACAACUACAGAAGCGCCUACCACAGCCCCAGCGGAAACGGAGACGAAGACUUCGCUGCGUCCACGCAUACCACCGCGUAAAGUGAUUAAGGUACGUUCACGUACACGUCGUCCACAAUAUUCAGUCUCUUCAACGCCAAGCCCCGAAGAAGAAUCCGAAGUCGAAGAGCCCAAGAAUAACUUCCGCAAAAUAAACCGCUUUAAUCAUGAUUUAUAUGAAAAUGAUGCUGCACCACCACAAAGACGCCGUCAAAGACCGAGCUUCCAAUUGGAUGGUCAGGAAUCGCAAUGGUCGCCAGCCUUAAAAUUAGGCAGUAAUCAUCACUUUAAGCCAUCGAACCCCAAAGACCGUGCAAAAGAAAGUGAGCACAAAUUCGAAGAGGAACCGGAAAUUGUAACGAUUGGCCCUGAAAAUGACAAGAAGGCGGACAACUUUGAAGUGAAUGUUUCCGCUAGUUUCGGUGAAGUGAAGCCGACAGUUAGGGCGCCAAAUUUAAAGCCAGAAAAAUCCUUUGCUGAACUUUUGGAAGAAGUCAUGGGCAAGGCACCCGAGGAGAAACCACUCGAAUCAGUCGAAGAGACCAGCACACGUAGCACAGAUGACACAUUCUUCGAAUCGCAAAAGACUACAAUAUUUAAUCGCAUCAAUAGACGCAACAAAUUCAAGAAACUCCGAUUGCCGUCAACCCCAAACAGCGAGAGCUUUGAAACAGCUGAGUCCCAAAACCUUGGUUCCCAGCUCUACAACUCGCUAUACGGAAAGGAAAAGUCCACCAUUGAAAUAGUUAAUGAACUUAAAACGACCACACCACUCACCCCCGCAUCAAUUGGAAAAAUCACAGGAACUACACUAACAACAACUGCUAGUCCGCUAAGCACAAUGUACACCGAUGAGCCGACAACACCCGAACAAUUGGAAGUCACCUCCUAUGCAACAACACUAGCAAUGGAUGAGGCUGUUGAGAAGACCACAAACGCACCAGUGGAAAAUGAGGCCGAAAGUGUCACAGCAGAGAGCGCUACACGACGCAUGGACGACGCUGUAGAUGAUCUGGAAUCACAACCAAGCAUAUUCUCUGAAGUCAAGAGACAACUUCAUGAUUUAUUCGCUAUCGAGGAAUCAGAGGAUCAUGCGGUGACUGCAGCGCUGGCUGCGGUCGGCAAGAGACGACAAGAGUACAUGAAUAUCAAGCGAACGAAGCCGGAUACGACUACGCAAGCGAUGAAUGCUGCAGCUGAUGUGACAUCAACUACAGAGUCAACGAUUUCAGCGACAACUGAGGAAACCGCCGCUAAGAAGCCAUUGCAAAAGAGUUUAAUGGAUCAAGUCGUAUAUGCGACUUCCACAUCAACGAAAGUGACAUCCGAAACGGAGAUUUGCUACCGCGGACGUUGUAUACGUUCCGAAGAUUUGCCAGCGAACCAUAAAUUGCAUUAACUAGUUGAGAAGUACAUACUGAGUAAUAAGCAAGCGUAAGGGUUUACAUACCAUAUACAUACGUGUAUGCGUGUAUGCGUCUAUGUGCAUAUUGGAAUUUGCAGCACAACGAAGUUAAAGAAAGUGACUUGCGUGCAAGUAUUCGUACAUUUGUGUAUGUGUAUAAGCGUCUACACGAGAACAUAGUUCGUAUUCAGAGAGAAGAUUGUGAUAACAUGAAGAAAAUGGAGACGAAGAAAGAAAAUAAUUUCAAUAAACUACACAAUCUGUUUUUAAAAUAAAAUAUUUUUUUUAUAAAACAAUUGAUUAUUAGAACUUCACCGUUUAGUUUACUUACAAUCUUAUAUAUGUAUAUGUGUAUGUAAUUUUUUAGCAAAUAGUAUUUUUUUUUUUUAAUUUUUCGUCUCUUCCAUUGCACGCUGUCUAUAUGUAAUAUUUGACUUUAUUGUAAUUAAUUAGUUUGUAAUUUAAGUUUACGAAAAUCUAGUUUAGUUUUAGAGAAAAAUAAUAACACAAAAACCUGUGACGCGUCCAGUAUGUUUUUGUUUCAGUUACUUUAAUUAUUAUAUAAAUUUUUAAUAUAAAAAAAAAUGUAUUUUACCGGAAGAUGUAAUUGCACAUUUUUUCUCUAAUAAUUAAAAAUCUAACGAAACGAUUUAUAUAUAAAAUGUAUUUCUAAUAACCCGCACAAGCAAGUAAAAAAAGAGUUAUGCUGCAUUGUUAUUGUACUUAAACAUAAAAAUUGUAGUAUGUGGUAAUUAAGCGCGAAUUAAGUAGUUAUAAGACUGUAAUAUACACAUUUAGAAAUCCAAUAAACUUAAUAUACUACAUACAUAAA